ACGCAACAGCAAAAAUGUGGCUGUCUAAAUUUCUGCUUUACUUGGUAUGCAACAACAUUUAUUAUGCGGCUGUAAGCGGCGAGCCCACACCGCCAGAUGCCGACUACUACAUCGGUGCUGUGGUUGAGUUUCCGGCGCGCACGAUCACUGCAGCCGCCAGCACAGAGGAGCGUCUGCGCCAAUUCGGCGAACUACUCGAGUCGUCUGCCAUACGCCCGGAUAUUGUGGUCUUUCCAGAGGAUGUCCUAAAUGAUCGCGACACGCCCAUAGUAGUGCCAGCGCCCAGUGAUGAUGUGAUAACUUGCAAUGCCGACGAGGCUCACUACAAUUAUAUUAUCAGUAGAAUGUCCUGUUAUGCGCGUUCGCUGGGCAUAUAUGUGCUCAUCAAUGUGGUGGAGGUGCAUAACUGCACACGAACGCAGAACGUAAGCGAUCUGGUUGCUAACUGCGCCAUUUACAAUGCGAAUGUGGUGUUCGAUCGUCAUGGCGUGGUGAUCUCGCGUUAUCGCAAGUACAAUUUGAUCGGCAGUGAGUGGUUGUAUUUUAACUAUACAUCGCAACCCGAGGAGGAGGCCAUAUUCCGCACCGAUUUCAAUGUGACUUUCGGUCAUUUUACACGCAUGGAUCUGCUGUAUGCGCGGCCGGCGCAAGCGCUGGUGCAACGUGGCAUUACAGACUUUUUGCAUCCGAGCAAAUGGCAAUCGGAGCUGCCUUUCCUGACAGCUGUCCAACUACAUCAGUCCUGGUCAUUUAGCAACAAUGUGAAUCUACUGGUUGCCGGUACAAACGACCCGAGCAAUGGCCGCAGUGGCACAGGCAUCUAUGCGGGCAAAUAUGGUGUGCUCAUCGCAACCAUGACCAGUGUCGAGAAGCAAAGUAAACUGCAUUUGAGCGUGAUACCGAAACAUAAUGCCAGCAGCGAAAAGGUCUUAAAGAUAUUCAAGUUGAGUCAGAGCAACCUUAAAGCGCAGCCAAACAACGGCAGUCAGAGCGUGCUCGACCGUUUCACCGGCGUUGUUGUGACGCGUGACAAUGAUAUUGAUCUGUAUGUGACGCAGCCGUUGGUCUAUAGAUCGAAUAUGACUGGACCGUUGCAGCAAAAACUCUGCCAUAAUGAUUUAUGCUGCAAUUUUUAUAUUGAAAUGCAUGUCAAUCCGCUGUCCAAUGCUACCACGGUCAGCUAUUACUAUCGCUUGGCGGCGUUUCGUGAUAUGGGCACUUUUCUGAAUACCGAGCCCGAUGAGUUGGCGGUGUGUGCGAUCUUCGCUUGCACUGGCGAUCAUCUCUACACUUGUGGACGCAUCUAUGAGGAGGGCGUGCCGGUGGUGCCGCGUUAUAUUUUCGAUACGAUUCGUAUAACUGGCAAUUUCUCCCAGCAACGUCCGUGUUUACUAUCACCAACGAGCGUGAAUAAUCUGCUAAUGCCGCUGCUUGUGAACGAGUUCGAGUGGCAGCUGCAGGCGCAUAGCAACUUUACGCUGGCUAACCUCACUUUGUUACAACCGCGUUCGGAUCUCCUGACCUUUGGUAUUUAUGGCAACUAUUUUUUGGAUGACACCAUAUAUGAUCAUCAUCACAAGGACGGCGCAACCACAUUGAGUUCGACUUUGUUGCUAAUUUUACUUUUGUUGAACUUGCAAUUUUAUUUAUAG